UCAGCAGGAAAGGCCAAGGAAGCAUGUUAAAAAAACUCUUCUUGGUGGACAACACACUCCACUUUUGGCUGAUUUCCUUGUAGGAUGCUGGAGAAACAGAGACCCUGCUGAGACCUUGUUCCUAAAAAAGUAAGGGGUCUAAAACCCCCAGAGACCUCGGACGACUACACUCCUACUCCCAGAUUAGCAAGAACAGGAUUGCAGCCCUAGUUUCUUUUGACUUUGGCCAAAGAUUAUUUUCGUUUUGGACGCUGGGCAGAAUGCAGGGCACGCGGCUUGGCAUUUCCUAUCACCACCAGCUGGUUCUUCCUGAAACCUUUGCAAGGGAGAGAAAGAAAAUAAAUAACGCAAGCCAGCUCGUUCUUGUCUUCGCAGCUACGCGAGGAGGGAGGCGGCCUCACGCCUCCUCGUCCUUCUGGACAGCCUCGAUUCGAGCGUGUAAACCUCCAAAUAUAAGCAUCGAAGCGUCGGUACCUAAACCGCUGGUCGACUUCUUCCGCCUGCGCGCAGCGUUUCUGCGGAGUUGGCUGAAGCGCACGCGGCACUGCUGCGGAGAGAGAAGCCAGCCCGGCGGGAAGGCGCUGCCGUCGACGCCCCUUGCGAGAUGCUGCGCAGACGAGCGGAUCCUCCAGGAUUUCCCUGGCCUCCGGCUGCUUUUUCUCUAUUCCGUCCCUCCAAGAAGCCGCUGCCUUCAGCAGCAACAGCCCUUCGCCGGGCCAGUUUCUUGCCUUUUGGUCUUUCAAAGUCACCCUCCCUCUGGCAAGAAAGAAGAUCAGAGAAACUGCCUUGCCAAACAACUCUGCCUCACCUGAAGGUCCAAGCUGACCACCAUGUGCCUGUUUCUGGUCUUCUGGCACUGACCAGCUUUCUCCUCCUCCUGUCUGCCUGCUCGCCGGCCAGGUGCUUACAAAACAGCCCGCAUCUGAACAGUUCUUUAUGGGAUACAGACUGUAAGGAACUAUUUCAGAGGAUUCUCCCUGGGGCCCCUGAAUCUCAUAAACUCAUGGACCUGCUCGGAAGUAACAGCCCACUGAGUCUUGAGGAGCAAAAGCAGUUGUUAACUAAUCAGAACUUGACAGCAAAGAUGGAAGGUGAGCCUGGGACAUGUGAUCUGCUCUUGAAGUUUUCCCGACAUGUAUUGGCGAAAGCUUUUGGACCUAGCUUGGCGGCUGAUCUUGUUGAACGCCAAACCUGUGACCAUCCGGACGACCCGCCCCAACUCCGUCUUCAUCCCCAAAAGCGCCUGCAUUCCAAAAUAAAACCUUUGUCCUUACACUGGGUCUGUCAGCUACUGAGAAACAUGGGCGUGGUGGUCGAAAUGAAUCAAUCCAAGAUGCCCUCGUUGUUAAGGAAACGGAUGCUGGCAACAAGGAAACCUCUGGCUAAGACUGAAGUGAAACACAAUGGGAGCCACUGCCCGUCGCCCGCAGCGCACUUCGUCCCGUGGCGCCCAGGACACAACAGCACCUACGCUGCCGUCGUGGGCCGAGGGACGGCUCUGCGCUUGGAGACCUCGGCCACGUUCCACUCCCUGCUCAUUCAGGAAGGGGGGAUCUUGGUAUUUGCAGAUGAUCCAGAACAGCCGAUCACUUUAAGAGCUCGCAGCAUCCUUCUGGAGGAUGGAGGGGCGCUCUAUGUGGGCUCUGAAUGCUGCCCAUACCGUUCCAAGGCCAUCAUUUCUCUGUAUGGGAAAUCCACUGAGGGAGCCGACGUGGAAGGCUAUGGCAAAAAAUUCCUGGGAGUGGGCAGAGGAGGGAUUCUGGAGUUGCAUGGCAGGAAGCCUCGCUCUUGGACCCCUUUGGUGAAAACCUUGUACCCAGGGGGGCUCCGGUAUGGCUCGUACGCCUCUGAAAAGCACUGGAGUAGCCGCGGCCUCAACGUUCGGAUAGUGGAUGUGGGCACAGCCCAGGUAGUGGCCGCCGAACGCUUUGACACCCACCUCCUUGUCGAUGAAAGCCGCAGGUUAAGGGAAUUCCUUGCCCAUCAAGCCCCAGGCAAUGUGAUCGCGGUGGCCGUGGGGGAUUCUGCAGCAAAGAGUUUAACCCUGGAGACCAGACACUUCCUCAGGAGCCUGCUACACAGCAAAUACAUCCAGCACUUGCAAUACAGACAACCCUGGGUCCUGGUUGGGAUCCUCAGCGGAGAUGCGUCUUCCAUCACAGAGGAUGCAAAGCCAUCUCAAGGAAAUGGGACAAGAUGGAUGGCAACAGCAACAAAGGAAUUUAAGACCUACGAUGGCAUUGCCUUUAGAGUCACCGCUUACAGUGGAUGGAUCAAAGGAGUACCCCACCACGGAUUUAAAGUGGAAGUGUCCAAAGGCAUCGUUUUGGAUUUGGUGGAUGACGUGACUAGCUGGCUACCUGGAGACAAGGUCGUCGUUGCCAGCACUGACUAUUCCAUGCAUCAAGCUGAAGAGUUUAAUCUUCUGCCUUGCCCUGAAUGUCAGAGGAACCAAGUGAAGAUUGAUGGAAGUCCUCUCUACCUUCAUAUGGGUGAGAUUGUAGAUGGUGUAGAUAUGAGGGCAGAGGUCGGCCUCUUGACCCGAAAUAUACUUAUCCAAGGAGAGAUGGAGGAUUCUUGUUAUGGACUAAACCACUGCCAGUUUUUCAGCUUUGAUACCUUUGGAGGGCAAAUUAAAAUCCAAAAGGGUUUUGCCUCUGUCCACAUGGCAGGAGUGGAGCUGAAGAACAUGGGCCAGCAGAUACUGGGCAGCUAUCCUGUACAUUUCCACCUGACGGGAGAUGUGGAUGAGAGAGGAGGCUAUAACCCACCAUCCUACCUAGACAACCUGGCCAUUCACCACUGCUUCUCAAGAUGUGUUGCCGUCCACGGAGCCAAUGGUCUUUUGGUGAAAGAUACUAUUGGCUAUGAUACCCUGGGGCACUGUUUUUUCCUGGAAGAUGGGACGGAGCAGCGGAAUACAUUUCAUCACAACCUGGGGCUCCUUACCAAGGCAGGCACCAUCUUGCCAACGGACCGCAAUGAAGCCAUGUGCCUUGCCAUACGUGAGAACGUCUAUGGUGGGUAUGUUCCUGUCCCGAGCAUGGACUGCAUGGCUGUCAGCUCCUUUUGGAUUGCUAACCCGAAUAAUAAUCUUGUAGAGAAUGCGGCUGCCGGUGCUCAGGAUGUUGGAAUAUGGUACAUCUUCCACCGGGUUCCUACUGGACAGUCUGAAGGACAAUAUCCGGCGGGCCAAUCUGAACUAACUCCUCUGGGGACAUUUUACAACAACAGAGUCCAUUCCAAUUUUAAGGCUGGCUUGUUUAUUGGGAAAGGAGUCAAGACGACGAAAGCCAGUGCUGAAAAUCCUCGAGAAUAUUUGACGGUGGAUAACGCCAGGUUCCGCCCACAUCAGGACGCUGACCCUAAAAAGCCACGGAUCCCUGCUGUAAUUGAUGGCCUUAUUGCUUUUAAAAAUAACGACCACGGAGCCUGGGCUAGGGGUGGAGAUAUUGUCUUCCGCAACUGUGGUUUUGCAGACAAUGGGAUCGGGCUCACUUUAGCCAGCGAUGGAACUUUCCCCAUAGAUGAAGGCUGCAGCCUAGAAGUGACUCAUUCCGUCUUUGUUGGCGAGAGCAACAAUGUUGGUUCCCGGGGAGGGCAAAACAGUUACUGGGGGAGAGGAGCCAACGGAGAAUAUAGGACACUGCCCCGAAACAAGACAUUUCCAAUACGUGGCUUCCAAAUAUACGAUGGUCCUGUCCGGCUGACAAAAUGCACAUUUAGAAAGUUUACCCCCACCGCUGACAGGCAUGCAAGCGCCAUUGGCUUCUUCAUGAAGAAUGCUUGGCAGAUAAGCCCUCAGAACAAUGCCUCGCUGAUCAGAAUGGAGAGAAGUGUUGGGCUCAAGGUAUUCUUGGGCAGGCCAGGCCAGUGGUUUGGAGACAACAAUAAUGAUGGUGACAAAGUCUCGAUUUUCCACGAUUUGGAUGGUUCAGUGACGGGGUAUCCAGGCACCUUUGUGGGCAGGGCAGACAACUAUCUAAUUCGUCACCCAGGCUGCCUUAUCGUCCCGAGGUGGAAUGGAAUGAUAUGCGCUGGGAAGUACGCACAGCUCUAUAUUCAAGCCAGGCGUCCUGAGAAUCUGACCUUAUCAAUUGCCAGAGCUGCAUACCAUUCCCAUCCUCUGAGGCUACAGGGAGUGAACAGAGGGGUACCAUACCAGCAGUACCAGCCUGUGGUGAUGCUGGAGCAAGGGUAUAUUAUCCAGUGGGAUGGCAGAGCACCGGAAGAUGUCGUCCUUUACCCAGUCAACUUCAAUAGGGGAGACUGGCUGCAUGUUGCCUUGUGCUACCCGAAAGGAACAGUGUUCACUGUUGUGGGGGACAUUUACCAGCGACAGACGGGCAGAGCACACAGCGUGCUGCGCUACCGGGCAGCCUCGUCGCACCAUCAAGUGUUGGAUAGUACUGAUCAACGGCUCUAUUAUUUUGACAGUGCAUCAGGGUAUCUCUUUGUCCACCUUCAAGCACAUGAAAUUCGGAAGGGGCAUAGCUACUGCACUCAGCAUGGCUGCGAACGCCUAAAAAUAACAGCCGUGAUGUCCUCCAGACUUCCCUGGAGUUGUGCUCCUAAUCCUUUUUUAGGAAAAGACAUUGGGAGAAAACCUUUUCAGCCCUCAAGGAUUCAGCGCCAGGUUGUGCCUUGCAGUCAGUGUGGAGCUCCUUGGGUGGCUGUUACUAGUACACCUUCCAUUAGGUACGUUUGGAUCCAAAUCCAGUCCGUCAGAAGGGCAGAUCUGGAGAACUACUCAAGGCUGGCUUUUGUUAAGGUCAACAGUGACCUUUUCUUGUUCCACAACCGGGGAAUACUGUUCCUGGUUCUAGACGCAUGCUCCGGCGCAGUGGUGAGCCGGCAGCCCUUUGAUGCAGGCAGUACUUCAAAAGUUGCCAGCGCCAUAACCGAUUAUGUUGAAACAACUGUAAAGGAGAGAUCAAUUGUUCUUAUAUGUACUAGAGACCCUGCAGAAGCAAUGGGAACCUCUGAGAUGUCUGUUUUUACAAGGUUAGGUUCAGCAAAGUCCAUUGCUUUCCACAAAAAAGGCAGUUUUGCAAUGCUUGGAUAUAAAGGAACCCCCAAACCAUACUGGAUUAAAAUCCACAACCAAGCUGCUGAUCAGAAAUCUGCUUCUCUCCAAUAUUACGUACCCCUGAUGUUGAGAGAAUACGGAUGCUCAGUUAAUGCAACAAAACCUCAAGACUUUGUAGGGGACGGCACAACACCACAAAGACAAGAAAACCAACACAACUGAAUCUGCUGUGUUCAUUGGCUUGCCUGCAAGGAGGUGGCAUAACUCCAGGGUUCUUGUUUUUAUGAGAUUGUAGCAGGAAGUGCAUCUUAAAAAUAACUUUAUUUUAUGGCUAAUAAAUA